AUGCUGCGGGACAGGUCUUGGAUCCUGGAAAAAGGACUGUCCUGCUACUGGGGGAACAUGUCGAGUUUUUCUAGGGCGCCCCAGCAAUGGGCCACUUUUGCUCGAGUUUGGUAUCUCUUAGAUGGGAAAAUGCAGCCCCCUGGCAAACUUGCUGCCCUGGCAUCAGUUAAACUUCAAGGAUUGCAUAAACCUAUGUACCAUCAACUGAGUGACUGUGGAGAUCAUGUUGUCAUAAUGAACACAAGGCACAUUGCAUUUUCUGGAAACAAAUGGGAACAAAAAGUGUACUCCUCACAUACUGGCUACCCAGGUGGAUUUAGACAAGUAACAGCUGCUCAGCUUCACCAGAAGGAUCCAGUGGCAAUUGUUAAACUAGCUAUUUAUGGCAUGCUGCCAAAAAACCUUCACCGAAGAACUCUGAUGCAGAGGUUGCAUCUUUUCCCAGAUGAAGAUAUACCAGAUGAUAUUCUUAAGAAUUUAGUGGAAGAGCUUCCUCAACCACGAAAAGUGCCCAGACGUCUAGAUGAGUACACACAAGAAGAAAUAGAGGCUUUCCCAAGAGUUUGGUCUCCACCUGAAGAUUUUCGGCUGUAGGAGAAAGAAAAUUUCAGAAAAUAACAGUGCGGUGAUUGAAACUUCUUGAUGAGUUUCUCCUUCCUACAGGGCAGGGUGAAACAAUUGCUGCCUUUUGACAAGAAACCUGUUAUGGGUGCUGAAAGUUUGUGGGGGAAGGUCAGGAAGGGAUAUUCCUUCAAUAGGAAAUUGCAAUAAAAUACAUUAUUUUAUAGAAUUGUUUUAUUAUGUAAUCUGACUUGAAUGAUAUAAUGAUGAUAAGAAUAAAACUGCUUACUUGGUUAACUA